AUGCCAGAAGUUGGUGUAUCUCUUGCACUACGAAAAAGGAAUUCGCUUUUGUCAGGGACAGGAGAGCUAGCGGUGAGAAAGCCAAAGCAACGGCAAAGAAGCAGCUAUACGCGAGUUGUGGGGCAAAAAGCGAAGGAAAAACGACGAACGAAUGCAUCACUUCAAAUUUUUAUUGAAGCUGGGUCGCUAUAUGUUCUUUGCAUCAUAUUGCCAAACAUCGUAUCGGGAAUUGGAAGCGCUCUGAAAUCAGUGCUGGAAGACAACGCUGUCUUCCGCAAAGCAACAACUGAAGUUUGUUUAGGCCCUUUUUUGAAUCGUUUCCAAUACUGUCAGCAGCUACUUUUGCGUACACAUGGUCAUGAUGCGUCAUCCACACCUUUGACGGCUGUAAUCGCACCUGAUGCUGGUAUCUCAGAUGUCGCAAUAGUUGUCUUCUUGUCAAUAUCCUUGGCCAUUAUUCGAUUGGGUUUGGUGCACAUCUUGGUGCCUGGGUAUGACCAACCAAAGCGAAUGCGGGCUUUUGUCCGAUGCAAGUCAAUUCAUUUAUUAUCUUCUCAAUACACCGGAAAUGGGACACCGAAACCACUCAAGUUGGAGGCAAUUGAUGAUUCCGUGCUUUCGAGUUUGCCACACAUGCCGUCUCUGGAACCAAAUCCAAUAUCGAAUAGUGACAGUACCAACUCUGCGACUUCUGAAGCUGACGCCAAUGUGGCUUUCCAAUAUAGAGUUGAACGAAUGGGACCUGCUGCCAUUCAGACUUCUAAACUGGACUAUGAAUCAUUAGGAGGAGCAAAAAAGGAAGAGCUGUGGGGGCAAUGGGAACAAGCACUAGAUGUUCUACAGGACGAUAACGAUGACGAUGACGAUUCACCACCACCCCCCGCAGUUUCUUCAGGCCUCAUUUCUUCGUCAUCGGCCCACUCACUCCAGGCCCUCCUGCAUCAAGUCAACCCAGGUGGCCCAAGAGCACGACGAGAGAGUUUCAAGCAGGAUGAUUUAUUAAGCUUCACUUCCCCCAAAUUCGCAACGGCAGCUUUCCGACUUUUCUAUUGUACCAUCAGUUGCACAAUAGCCCUUUUUUAUUUCUUGGAUGCUGAUUUUUGGCCAGCAGCUGUUGGAGGCAAUGGGAACACCAAAAAUUGCUGGAAUCUAUCGUCUGUCGGUCCAACUGUAAUGGAAUCUUUCGAUCAGCACAAUACAGUUCUUAGAAGGUAUUUCUUGUUGCAAGCGUCGUACCACGUGCAGUCGGGUUUUUUCGCAUCAUUUACAGCGAUCCUCCUUUGGCUUGUAUCGUCUUCUCCCAAGAACCAAGAAGAAGGAGACGAAGAAGGGGCCAAGUUUUGUGGAUUCAUCCCCUACGGGAUGAUCACUUUGAACAAUGUCAAAACCCUUUUGCAACAUUGCUUUGCAGUGGGUUUGAUUACCUUCAUUUUCCUCUUCUCCUCCUUGCGACGCCUUGGUGCCAUCGGGAUCUUCAGUUUUGAUGCAAGCAGUUGGGCGCUUCAUUUGUUGCAACUCAGCAUCAAUGACUCCUCACAACGAGUUACUCCUUCCUGCAUUCGGCUCCUCCAUCGAGGAGUUGUUAUUCCGUUCUUUUGUUUCACAAGAUUCUAUAUCUUUCCUUUUGUGAUUGGAUACUCUGCGUUGGAAGAAUCUCAAGAUUGGUUACGGCAACUGGAAAAUAUGUUGGUUCCCGGGGUUGCAAAACACAUCCAUGGCGCUUUUGUAGUGUCUUUUCUGGUGGUGAUGGCAAUCAACAUAUUAUAUUUCCAUCGAUUGCUCUAUCACCCUCAUGUACAAGAGGCGUUGCAACACUCCAAACACGGGUCAAAGAAAGGACCCAGCUGA